CUAUCAAGUCUUUAGCGCAUUGAAAAAAUUAAAAAAUGUUUUUAAAAUCCACGGUUUUGUUUUGUUUAAUGCUCUUUUUUCUCUUAGUAAAAUCAGAAGAUCCGAUUGAAGACUUUACGAUACAUGAUAUAUGGAUCAAUCUGGAAGAAGAUGGUUUUGUGUACUUCAGUAAAAUAAGUUCUAAAUUCCCUGAAUUAGCCAGAAAAAAGAUUAACGAGUGGCUUCAAAAUAAACCAGUGAGCGAAAUCAACUACGAAAAAUUUUCUAAAAUACGUAGACAAUUCUUCGGAGAAACUGAUGAUGAGAUAAAAGAUCUAUGGGAGCGAAUGGAACAAAAGGAUUAUACCAACAUGCAAAAAAUUAAUUUUACAAUCGAUUCCGAUGUGGUUAAACAAAAGAUGAAGGAUUGGCUUAAGAAAAAUGUACAAGUAAGACGUUUGGAUUACGCAACGUUUAAGAAUAUGAUGGAAAACAUCUUCGAAAAAGACGAGCGGGUAGACAUUCUUAACGCUAUGGGAAUUAUAGGCUCCACUAAAGAAAGGCCAAUUGAUGAAAUGGCUAUAUAUGGUAUAUGGCAGGCAAUCGCUGUUAAUGGUGUUGUUGACUUCGAUCAAAUGUAUUCUUCAUUCCCUACUUUUGCCGGACAAGAGGUUAACGAUUGGCGGGCAAAAACUACCUCAGCAAACGAUUUGAAUCGUGUAAGAUUUGGUAAAAUGAUGAAAAGUAUCUUUAGUAAGACCGAUGGAAUGGCAAUUCUUAAAUUUAUGAAACUCCACUGUUACCCCUAA